CUGGUGUUGCAUCAGAUGAUUGAUGGGGGAUUUUGUUGAUUCCCUCCUGGCCAAGGCAUCCUUGAACCUUCUGUUUUGAGAGAUCCAUAUGGUUGCAGGACUGAAAGAAAACCCUGACUUCAGAGCACCAGUUUGGGAGGAAGAGCAAAGAGACUUAAGGACAGAAACUGAUGGACCAUUACAUCUUCCAAAAUGAGCCUACUCACAGUUUUCUCCAGGAAAAUAACAUGUCUUGAAGAGAGAAGAAUUCAGUGCUGGACUGCCCUGAACACUCCCCACGGUGCAGCUUCAGGGAGCAGCUUGGUUUAUCUGACGUGAAGAAGGAGGCACAUGUGCAGUGAGCCAAGAGGACAUGGGCUUUCAGUGCACCUGCAGCAAUGAUCAGGUACUGGGUCCACGUGUUGCAUCUGAGUUGUGUUGCACAAAUUCUCUAAGCCCCAGCUCGGCCCAUCUCCUUGAUGCACACUCACAGCAUCAUGGCCAGCACUCAGGAGCGCCUGGGCCUGUCUUCCUCCCCGAACUCCAUGGGCAAAGCUUUCUGUGAGGACAAAGACUUGGGUCGGUUCCCCGACGAGCACCCUCCCGCCGGGACCCACCCGUCCCCCGAGCUCAUCGAGGACGUGCGGGACAAGGGUUUGCUGCCGGCGGAGCUGCUGGAGGGCGUGAGCAGCCCGGUCACGGCGGCCGUGCUCACCAGCAUCAGCGAGGACUCCCGGGACCAGUUCGAGAACAGCGUCCUGCAGCUGCGGGAGCAGGACGAGCCCGACACGCCCGUCCCGCAGGGCCCCCGGGGCGCGGGGGACGGGGACAGCCACGGCGCGGGGGACGAUGUCAAGGUGCAGUUCAACAGGUCGGGCAGCGGCAGCGGCGGCUUCCUCGAGGGGCUCUUCGGGUGCCUGAGGCCCGUGUGGAACAUCAUAGGCAAGGCGUACUCCACGGACUACAAACUGCAGCAGCAAGAUACCUGGGAGGUGCCGUUUGAGGAGAUCUCGGAGCUGCAGUGGCUGGGCAGCGGAGCACAGGGAGCAGUGUUCCUGGGCAAAUUCCGGGCGGAGGAGGUGGCCAUCAAGAAAGUGAGGGAUCAGAACGAAACGGAUAUCAAGCACCUGAGGAAGCUCAAACACCCCAACAUCAUCGCGUUCAAGGGGGUCUGCACUCAAGCCCCGUGCUACUGCAUCAUCAUGGAGUACUGUGCCCACGGGCAGCUCUACGAGGUCCUGCGGGCGGGCAGGAAGGUCACCCCUCGGCUGCUGGUGGACUGGUCCACGGGCAUUGCCAGUGGCAUGAACUACCUGCACCUUCACAAAAUCAUCCAUCGAGACCUCAAGUCACCAAAUGUUUUAGUUACACACACAGAUGCAGUGAAAAUUUCAGAUUUUGGUACAUCUAAAGAGCUCAGUGAUAAAAGCACCAAGAUGUCCUUUGCGGGAACAGUGGCUUGGAUGGCCCCGGAGGUGAUACGGAACGAGCCCGUCUCCGAGAAGGUGGAUAUCUGGUCGUUUGGGGUAGUUUUGUGGGAGCUGCUUACGGGAGAGAUUCCCUACAAGGACGUGGAUUCCUCAGCCAUCAUCUGGGGAGUGGGCAGUAACAGCCUUCACCUUCCCGUCCCUUCCACCUGCCCAGAUGGCUUCAAAAUCCUCAUGAAGCAAACCUGGCAGAGCAAGCCCCGGAACCGUCCCUCCUUCCGGCAGACCCUGAUGCACCUGGACAUCGCCUCUGCCGACGUGCUGGCUACUCCUCAGGAAACCUACUUCAAAUCCCAGGCUGAAUGGAGAGAAGAAGUGAAGAAACAUUUUGAGAAAAUUAAAAGUGAAGGAACUUGUAUCCACCGGUUGGAUGAAGAAUUGAUUCGGCGCCGAAGAGAAGAGCUCAGGCAUGCAUUAGAUAUCCGUGAGCACUACGAGAGGAAGCUGGAGCGGGCCAACAACCUGUACAUGGAGCUCAGUGCUAUUAUGCUGCAGCUGGAGGUCCGGGAGAAGGAGCUCAUCAAGAGGGAACAAGCAGUGGAAAAGAAAUACCCUGGGACUUACAAGCGCCACCCAGUCAGACCAAUAAUCCACCCCAAUACAGUGGAGAAGCUGAUGAAGAGGAAAGGAGUGUCUCAUAAACCAGGCAGCCAGACUAAACGCCGCCCCCAGUCCCCGGCUUCUGCUUCCCUCUACGAGAGCGCGCAGUUCAUGGAGAAGCUGGAGGAGCAGGGCACGGCGGCGUCCGCCCUGGGCACUCCCCAGCACGUGGCGUCCUCGGUGCUGCCUUGCAAAGCGAGAUCCCUUCAAAAGAGCGGUGACGACUCAUCAGAAGAGGAAGAGGGUGAAGUAGACAGUGAAGUGGAGUUUCCUCGUAGACAAAGACCCCAUCGCUGCAUCAGUAGCUGCCAGUCCUACUCGACCUUCAGCUCCGAGAACUUCUCCGUGUCCGAUGGAGAGGAGGGGAACACAAGCGACCACUCCAACAGCCCGGAUGAGCUCGGCACCAAGCUGGAAGAUGAGCUGGCUGAGAAGCUGGAGGACAUGUUGUCCCAAACUCCAGAGAUCCCCAUUGAAAUCUCCACGCAGUCGGAUGGGCUUUCGGACAAAGAGUGCGCCGUGCGGAGAGUCAAGACUCAGAUGUCUCUGGGCAAGCUUUGUGCAGAUGAACACAGCUGUGAGAACCCACCACAGUUUGGAGAAUCAGACUGUGACUCUUCUGAAGGGGAGUGUUCUGAUGCCACGGUCAGGACCAAUAAGCCCUGCAGCUCUGCUACUUGGGGACCAGGCCUCAUGGCCCUGAAGAUUGGAGAACAGAUCAAGAAAACUAAACCACUCAGUCUUAUCAAAAGAGGAAAAGCAGAAAACGACCCGACUGUAGGGUGACCUGUGAACAAAGCAUUUUCAGUAUAACCAGCUGGGUCAUUUUUAAUCAGAAGGAGGACAUGUUCCUGGAGCAAACUGGUACUGAGGUGCUAACAUCCAGGGUCUUCUGAGUCAAUACAUCCCCAGGAAUGUAAUAGUGGGUUUUAUUUUAAGGAUUUUUAGUUUCUUUUUUUAAUCAGCAUUUUGUUGUGAGAUCCUGCAAAUGUACUCUAACCUCAUCCUCUCGAGAACUGGUAUCAGAGCACUUCUUAACACCGUCCUUGCUUCACUGUGGCAGUGUCGACCUCCAGUUGAGCAGGGAAACCUCUUUCAGAUGCAGUGUGCCAUUUCCCAGUUUACUUCCUCCUCUUACCUCCUGUCUGUUUCAGUCAGUCAAAGAAAUCAAUCCAAUCAGUGUUGGCAAAGCAAGGACUUGAAAAGCGUGGAAAGCACAUUUCUCAGAGCCUGAGCCCUUCUGGGGAGGACACUGGAGACGCCUGGACUGGACUGGGAGAAGCAGCCUCUCACCUACAGCAGCAUUGAUAACCAGCAGAGAGCUGUGUGUUGAGGGGGAAGACUGGGAAUCACUGGCCUGGCUCAGAGCAUCAGCCCUGCUCUGUCUCCUUAUUCACUGUACAUUCUUGGAAGCAUUAGCAGCUGCCUGCCCUUCACGUCAGGCUUUGUGCAAAACAGGUUGCACAGGGAAUGUGACAGUGGCUGUGGCACAGCUGUGUCUCGGGUGUGCCCCGAGGCCUCUGUUUCUCCUCCAAGCUGAAACUCUGCAGGUGAAAGUGAGGAUAGUACUGGUAUGUGACAGGCCGAGGCAUUGGCAGAUGAGAAAAAUUUGUUUUCUGAUAGAACUCAUAGUGCCUUCCCUUCAAACACUACUCUUCUAAAACAAUGUUGAAAGAGAACAAAACGAUAGAGCACGUUCCCCCCCCCCUUCCUUAGUUGAUGUCCCCCUGCAAGAGCUUUCCCUCUGCCCUUCCCAGCGUGCUGGCACGGCCAGCCUGAGGUGAACGGCAGGAAUGGACCAUGGACAGGUACUUCUGUUGCUUUGUUUGUUUACAUUUUAUGUUAAAAUAUUGGUUUGAAUUUAACUGUGGUAAUUUAUAGCCUCAUGGCAAAGUGAAGGAAAAUGUCUUACCUAUACAGAGAGCAGUAUUGUAUGAGUUAAAUUAUCCCAUAUUUUUAAAUUUUUGUAGCUGGACUACAGACAGAUCUUAAGUUAUGAUGUUAUUUUAUUAUUUAUUAUCAUUUCUGUAGAUCAGAAGGUUGGCUUCACCGCUAGCACAAUUGUAAUCUGUUUGUGUGAUGUUACCUUCUCCCUGGUCACCGAGGGGGCGGGAGCAGAGCUGGGCUCAGUGGCUGUCAGGAAUUGCUGCCUCUCGUGAUUUCCAGGGAUGCUGUUACUCCAGGAGAGGGCACAGAGAGGGAUGGAUGGCUGCGGUCAGCCCUGCGUGAGGUUCCUCGUGGGCACUUUGCUCACGUUGCUGGUAGUUGUCAGCCCCUGAACUGGAGGGGAUGGUGAUCAGGGAGCGAGUGGCUUUUGAACUGACCACAAAAUGAGUAACUGUGACGGGAUCCCCUGGCAAGAGCAUCCCAAAGGACAUUGCUCCAGGCAGCAGGUGCAAGAUCAGGGUGGCCAGCAGUGGAUCCACAUGGUGGAUCACCCUGGCAGGACCAAACAGGCUGCUGCAGAGGGAGCGACGUGCUCACCCUGCCCUCAGCAGCAGGGCUGGCUCUGGGUAGAGGCACAAUGCCCUGGGGAGUGAAGCUCUUUCCUGGCUCCUUUCUUGUUUCCUCUCCCUUCCCAUCCCUCGUUUCUCCUCCCAGACGUUCUCUGUCUCUUGGCCAGCAGCAGGAGGAGGUGGCAGGGCCAGAGAUGGCUUUGUUGUGAGGUGAUUGGUGUGAGAGGGAUUUGGUGUGGCAGAGGUGGUGCAGAUGGUUACUCAGGAGGCUGGAGGCCAAGGUGUGGGAAUUUAGCAGUGGGAGAACUAUGUGCACGUAACAUACUGUGGUGUAAACAGAGGUUGAGAACUGCCAUUGGGUGUCCCCCAGCAGAGGAUGGAAGGCCUGUGCCCCUGGGGAGACUCUGCUCAGAGCUGGCAGGCUCCCUGAGCCCGGUGUCCUUGGGCAGCCCCACACAACAGCCCCAAAGCAGAGCUGCCUCCUGCUCAGGCCUGUCAGUCUCUGCAGGGCCUCCAGCCUGUGACGAUUCAGUCCCAGUCAAACAGAUCCUAGAGAGGUUUGGGUACCUGUGGUCUCUGCUUAGGUUCCACCAUGGGAUGCAGCUCCUCUGGGCUCGCAGAGAAGCUUUGGGGUGUGGGAUUUUUGGACCCUUAUGGACCAGCUGUCCCGGGUGUGUGCUGAUCCCUCCCCGUCCUUACCUGGGGAUGUGCUGGCCUGUUCUGCAGCCUGGGCAAGCAGAGCUGAACCCUCCAGGCUGCCACAUUUAGCUCUAGUUCCCUCACACACCCAGGUCAUUGCACUUUUAUGGUCCAGUGUCACUCCUCCUACCUGCUGCCUCCAAUGCAGCAUCCCUCUGGAAAUGCCACUAGGGCAGCCCCCCUUGCCCCAGCCCGUGGAGGUGCCACCCCAGCCUUGCCCUGCACACACAUCUCGUGUGCUCAGCUGUGUGCGGGCAGGGCUGGCUCAGCACCGCCCACAUUCCCGG